AUGGAGACGGAAAGUUUUAUUGUCCAUAAGGAAUGGACUAACUCUGUCAUUGAAUGCAAUCCCAUCAACGAGAGGAUCCUUAAAAUCAGAAUUGCGGCAAAACCAAGGAAUAUCAGUGAUGUGCAGAUAUAUGCACCAACAAACAGCUCGUCAGAAGAAGACAUCGGUGAGUUCUAUGAUGCCCUAGACGAUGUGUUGGAGAACACUGAGAAGCGAGACUACAUUAUUGUUCAAGGAGACUGGAACUGCCAAAUUGGAAGUGAUACAUACGAAGACUGGAAGGGCACUGUGGGGAAGUUUGGCCUAAGAAGAACGAAUGAAAGGGGAGAGAGAGCAUUGGAGUUUGCAGAAAGGUACAAGUUAGUGAUUGCGAACACCCUAUUUCCUCACAAGAAAUCCCGACUAGUGACAUGGCACGCACCAAACGGGCGGGAUCACCUGCAGCUGGACUACAUUAUGGUUACAAGUAAGCUGAGAACCAGUCUGCUACAGAGAGUCACCCGAGUUUAUCCUGGCGCAGACAUUGGAAGUGAUCACGAAUUACUUAUGGCCGGGGUCAGCUUGAAGCUCCGUAAGACAAAGAAUAAAGAGGUCAUCAGACUGCACUAUGAUGUUGACAAACUACAGGAUCCGGCGAUAGCAGAACAAUUCAGAGCUACAGUUGGAGGUAAAUUUGGGCCACUAAUGCUGAUAGAGAACAUCCAAGAACAAGUGGCUGAAUUCACUAAGCAAAUGAAUGAGACGGCAUCAGAAGUCCUAGGGAAAAGGAAGAAACCGCAAAAACCAUGA